AUGAGUCCUGAUCCACCACGUCUUCAUGCCCGCGCCUCGUUGACCGAGGAGAGAAUCGUUUACAAGUUCGGGACACUUGACAUCACUGUCGACGCAGUCGAACCAGCUCACAGUAGCCGUGCUACUGGACCAGGUAUUGUCGAUGUCGACUCUGAUGACCUCUUCGACGCUCCCGAAAAUUUCAAGACCGACGAUCCUAUUUCUCAGCUAUGUAGCUGCGAUCUUGCGAGGUUUGCUGACGAGGAAAGGCGCCUUGCCUUGCCCGUCAAGCCCGGUGAUGUCGCCCGCACUCGCAGACCGCUUCUAUCUACCUUUAAGCCUUUGAUCCCUGAGGAUCUAGCACGAGCGGAGUGGCUCAGAAAAAAUCGAGCAACUACGCUUGGCAAGAGCUCUCGAGGCUCUUUCGCUCCUAGCCUGCCUUUUGCCAAGGCUAUUCUCUCGCGUCACUCGGCAACAUCCUUGAACUCCCCUUCUUCCGCAGUCCAACCUGCCACGUCACCUUCUCGCCCAGCCUCUCGUGCGAGCGCGCAGUCCUACCAGUCCGGCUCUGGAGAUCUUCGGCCAUGCGUAGUGUUGCGCGCAGACGAACGUGAAACAGACGUCGAUGUUUUCUUGAUGGGCAAAUUCCGUGGCACGCCAUACACCGAUCUCCCCGCGGUCCUUCGCGAAUACUUUCUCACCGUCUACACUACCACCGGCGAUGAUCUCCGCAUCGAAGGACAGCCGGAUCGGGCACACAUUCAUACUAGCCCAUGCUGGACAACAGACACGACGGCGUACCUCAUACCGCUUGUUGUACAUGUUCCCCGCACGGAAUUCGAUAGCUACAACACGACGGUGGCGAACAAAGACGGAGAGAAGGAGGAGCAUUGCACAUAUGUCAACAACAAAUCCAUGGACUGCUUGAGGCAGUAUCACAGGGCCGCGCUUGCGCGCCAUUCUCGCACACUGAACGAUGAGAGGGAGAGGCGUAACGUGGCGCAGGCCCUGUUCAAACAGACCAAGAUAGUGGACCUGUUUGAAGAGGACUUCAGAUCUAUGCACUCCAGCCCGUCAAAAGCCGACGCAUCGACUUCAUGGCGUAGCGACAAACCGGGUGUGCGAGGGAGGUUGGCGGGCCUCUUUGCACCAAAGGCAGCCAGCACGGGGGCUGAGAGCACGACGAGCGGCGGGGCUGCGGCUACGAGUCCGCUUAGGCAGACCGCGUCCCCUGUAUGUCCCCCACAGAUCGUGCUUCCGGACCGUCGUUCGGGCAUCGACGGUCCAUCGUGGCGCCGAGGUUCUCCCACACCUCUGGGUACUACGCCGAAGCCACCGCUAUCGGACACUCAUCUCCUUCCUGUCCCCGACAAGCCGGCAUCGAGAACAAGAACGAGGACGAAGACAAGCUCGGGAAAGCGAUCUCCUUCGGUCGCAUCCUCUGUGCGAUCUUACAUCAGCUUCGACAAGACGCUCCAAUACGCCAAGCACCACGUCGCAGGCGAACACCGAGGACCCCAGCCUGUCCAAAGGCAGUCUUCGUUCUCAGGGUGCGUAAGGCUCAAUUGUGCCCGCUGUUUCGUUCGUGGAGAAGGUACCGUGCAGAAAAUCAUAUAUUCUCAAAUGUAG